GUCCACGAAGAGGUGGGCGGCAAGGUCAAGGCCUACUGGUGCAUCAAGGACUGGGACUCGACCCUGUACAGCCGCCUGUACGAGACCUACAUGCUGUGGCUCAUGUUGAUACUGCCCCUGGUCAUCAUGACCUUCGCUUACGUCAGCAUCAUCAGGGAGUUGUGGACUAUGGCCAGUCUUAGGUCCAGCAUGACAAGGGGUUAUGUUAUAAAGAGAAGCAGUCAAAACUCCACCAACGGUCAAUAUGGCGGAGUGGCGAACAGUGGAUGGUCAGGCAACAGGCUGGGGUUCACCUUUAGGAGCAGCAAGGCCCCCGGAAGUUCCAGCCACUCCUCCCCCAUGUCCAGCCCAGGCCGCCACAGCGAGCGGUCCCCCGUCUUCCGGUCCAAAGCUCCGGCCAAUGACGGUGAUGACGACAAGACCAAGAAACAGGUGAUAAAAAUGCUGGUCGCUGUCAUCGUCGUCUUCAUCGUCUGCUGGGCCCCCAUCCUCAUCAGCAACGCCCUGACCGCCUUCGGCUACCUCCACCCCCUGAACUACGGCUACCUGAAGCCCAUGAGGCAAGCCUUCUACGUCCUCGCCUACUGCAACUCCUGCAUCAACCCCGUCAUCUACGGCUUCAUGUCCAAACAUUUCCGCAGCACGUUCUACCACGCGCUCUGCACGUGCUUGAAGUCGCCGCGCAACACGAGAUCCCGCGUGCUCUUCCGGCAGACAUCUUGGCAGAGCCGGUCCACCAACAUCCGGGAACUGGGCGACCUGGAGCUGACGUCAGUGGAGGUCACGGGGUGCGGAGCGUGCUCCCCAAGUCAGGUGUAG